AAUAAAUUGACAGCUGUCACAAAUUAUGCAAGUAUUUUUGUUUAUUAUUAUCUACGGGUAGUGCAGUGUAUCCGAUGCCUAGAUAUCUUUUAAAAACCGCACGAUUAUGGUGUUAAAUUUAUAUCAUUACUCAAGCGUUUUAAACAUGUAAACGCAACAUUUAUGUUUAUUUAUAUUGUUGGAAUUUGUUAUUGUUAACAUUGUUGGAAAAUGCCUCCACUUCCCAUUAUUACCGCUGCUGUUGAGUCGACGGAGUCAGAGAACCGUAGUAUCACUGACAGUGUUGGUUCACAUUCAGAUGGGUUACAAGUAAAUAUAAUGCGGCCACAUGUGGAUGUUUGUUGUAUUAUUGAUACCAUACAAAUUGACAAUAUUGCCAACAGAAAAAAGGCUUUGGAAGAAGUUAAACAAGCAUGUUUAUUGGUAGGAGCCAAUUUCAAUCACAUCCAGUUUGAAAAACUUGACUUUGGAGAAGCCAAUGUACUUAGUAGUUUUUACAAUGCAGAUGUUGUUAUUAUUGAUAUGACUAUUACAAACCAGCAAAGCACAUUAUUUUACCAUCUGGGAGUCAGGGAAAGCUUUAAUAUGAAACAAAAUAUUCUUAUCUGCAAUGAUUUAAGUUUGGAAACGACACAAAGGCUUAGAUUAUCUUGUGGUAGCUACUCACUUAAUUCUUAUAAAAUAAAUGAUGAACAAGUAUGUGUGGCCACAAACCCAAAUACUGGUAGAGAUGAGUCAGUGGAAUUAUUUCAUCAAAGAAUUAAAAAAAUUCUCCUAGAUGUUGAAAUACAAAGCAAAGAGCACAUGAAAGAAAAAUUUCUGGUAGACCUAAAGAAACUGGUUGAGCAAAAAAGCGGCCCAGAAUUACAAGAAGCCUUAAAAUGCAUUAGAAAACGCAUGGAUGAUCCAAACGUACUUUCUGGGGAGGUGGUACUAAAUAUGUUAUUUUGCUUUCGUGAUGUCCAAGAUUAUGAUUCUAUGAUUCACUUGGUCAAUGAUUUAAGAACUGUGCCUUCAUAUAAAAAAUACAUUAAUUCAUACAUAUACUACUUGUAUGCUUUUGCUUUGAACCGAAGAAAAAGAAGUGGAGAUAGAGAAAAGGCCUUGGAAGUUUGUUUGAAUGCGUUAAAAAAAAAAGAAAAUAAUUUUCCUGACAUGGUUUGUUUAUGUGGAAGAAUUUAUAAAGACAAAUUUAUAGAAUCGGACCAUACAGAUACAAAAAGUCUGGAUCAGGCAAUAAUUUGGUAUAGAAAGGGUUUUGAAGUUCAACCUAAUGAAUAUGCAGCUAUAAAUUUGGCAACACUGUUGGUAAUAGCAGGUGAAGAUUUUAUUAAAUCCGAGGAACUACAGCACAUUGGAAUGGUUUUAAACAACUUAAUAGGCAAAAAGGGAAGUUUGCAGUCCUUGCAGGACUAUUGGGAUAUUGCCACAUUUUUCGAAAUUUCCGUACUUGGACAACAUUACGUCAAUGCGGUUCAGGCUGCUGAACGCAUGUUCUAUCUCAAUCCGCCUGAUUGGUACCUAAAGUCCACGGUGGGCAAUAUACAAUUGAUCGAAAAAUUCCGGAAACGCGAGGAGGAGGAAUCGCCGGAGGAAAAGGUGUUUCACGUUUGGAUGGAAUUUUUCUUGGAAGCCUCCAGACCAAAAGAAGAUAACAUGUUUCGGUUUCCUGUUCUUAUUUUGGAACCGAACCAAGAACUAAUUCCCAGCUAUGUUUGCGUAAAUUUAAAUUGUGAAACAAAAAGCCUGAAAGUAACAAAUUUUUGCAAAAAAUCCAUGAAAAACGAAUGCAAACAAAUCCACGACUGGGAGUUUCACGCAAACCACAUUCGAAGUGUAAGUUUUUCGAAAAAAGACGAUCGUUGCGUGUUUCUUUACGUGCAUCAAAAUUCCGACGACUUCCAAAUUUACUUCCCGUCCGAGCAAUGCAAGUCUGCGUUCUACGAGAUGAUCCUAGAGUUGACCAAUCAUCCAGAGGGCCUGGUGGAGCCAGAGCCGCCCAUAGAAAUACGAUACGAAUACGAAACGGACGAACAGGGCAAACGGGUAAUUCUCGGCAAAGGCACCUACGGUGUAGUGUAUGCCGCGCGUGACCUAAAUAAACAAAUACGCAUAGCUGUCAAAGAGAUACCAGAGAAGGAUUUGGGAGCCGUGCAGCCGUUCCACGAGGAAAUACAGUUGCAUUCGAACCUCAGGCACAAAAACAUCGUUCAGUAUUUAGGUUCUCUGUCGGAAGGCGACUACUUCAAAAUUUUUAUGGAGCAAGUUCCUGGAGGUUCUCUAAGCGCGCUGCUGAGAUCCAAAUGGGGCCCAUUAAAAACCAACGAAAACAUCAUGGCCCACUAUACCAAGCAAAUCCUUGAAGGUCUUAAGUAUUUGCAUACGCAAAAAAUUGUGCACAGGGACAUCAAAGGCGAUAACGUUCUGGUAAACACGUAUAAUGGCGUUUUGAAAAUUUCCGAUUUCGGGACAUCUAAACGUUUAUUAGGGCUGUGUCCCAAUACAGAGACUUUCACUGGGACUUUACAGUACAUGGCACCAGAGGUUAUAAACAAAGGACAAAGAGGUUAUGGCGCGCCGGCCGACAUCUGGUCCCUAGGUUGCACCGUAGUAGAAAUGGCGACCGGCAAACCUCCGUUCAUCGAGCUGGGUUCGCCGCAGGCUGCGCUGUUCCGCGUCGGCAUGUACAAACAGCAUCCAGACCUGCCCGAAGAGCUUUCGGACCGCGCAAAGGCGUUUAUCAAGCGGUGCUUCGAACCGGACCCGAACAAACGAGCCACCGCUGGAGAACUUUUGGAAGAUCCGUUUAUCGGAGCCGAGAGAAAAAAAAGCUUACGGCCGAAUCCAGAUUUUAGCCGCAGUGCUUCAGUGCCAUAUGACAAAGUUGUCUCCAGACAUCCUGGACAUUCAAGCGCUCCAAACCAAACCCCGACUACCCCGGAUCUUGAUAAAUCACUAACAAAUGGACAUACUAAUACUGAUGAUGAUGAUAGCUCCCAAACGCGAGUCUCUAAGCUUCCUCCCAUCCAAAUGCCUUCUUCACUUACUUUUAACAGCAUGUUAAGUACUCCUUCACUGGAUAUGGAUACAGACCACGACACAGUGGAUACCAACGAACGCAGAAACUCUUCAGGAACGCUAAUGUCCCCUGAAAUCGACACUCCCAUUGAAAAUGACGGAUUUUACAUGCUAAAAAAAGAUUCCCAACGAAGACAUACUUUGGCUAAGGUGUUCGCCAACGAUGGAUCAAAGAUUUGCGAAAUCUGGCUUGCCAAAGUUAAGGAAAAGGCGCAUGGAGAGACUGUGCUAACUUCAAAACAUCUGCAAACAUUAAUGGAAGGCAUAAGGCAGUAUAUUGUGGAAAAUCAUUAUGCAGCUGUGGACUAUGCUGUAAAACAGUUGAAGGAGGAGCUUGAUUUCGACGCUACUGCUAUUAACCAGCUUCAGUUUGCCGUCUAUUUUUUUCAAGAAUCUGUAAAUGAAGUACUGAGGGCACGACCUAUUAAACCACAUUGGAUGUUUGCACUGGACAGUCUCAUAAGGAGAGGAGUCGAGGUAACGAUAAACGUGUUGUCGCCUGAGCUCGGCCAAAAUCUGGCCAAUCACAGUUCGUCUUGCACAGCCGAUUCUGACAAGUCUGUCAAAAGCACGCAGAAUUGCGGCGAUUGUCGCGAUCAGAUCGUAUAUAUUAAGACUGAAAACGCUAGAAUUCAUUUGGAGAUAAAAAAUAUGUUGGAGGAAUUGACUAAAUUUGUUGAAACCAUAAAACCAUUGGUGACAUGUCCCUGCAGAAAAAAGGAAACCAUGCCUGAAGACCCAGAACUGGCGAAUUGGUUACAGAUUUUAAAUAUAAAUGAGGCAGCUAGAAGAACUUUUCUUUUAGAAGGUUAUACAUUAGAAGAGGUGCUGUAUCAGAUAAGUCGAGACGACUUAAAAAAUGUUGGUCUACGUGGAGCCUCGGAGCUGAGAAUUUGGCGUGCCAUUCAAAAACAUAGACAAGAUAGUGGUGGUAUGCAACGGAGGCUUUAACCAAAACAUUUUAAUGUAACGUAGGGCAGCUUAUAACGGUUUUGUUAGGUCAUUCCAGUUAUUAAGGACUAAAAAUUAAUUUUAUUUUUGUGAAAAAACAUUGUUGUUAAUGUUUUUUUAAAUAUUUUGUUUAGGUUGACUGACACCGUUACAACAAAAAAUUCGUUUUAACUGAAAAUGGCUGCAAUUAACAAAUAGUAUGUGAUUUUUUAUUUUAUUGAUUAUUUUUAGUUGUGCAAU